AUAAUUUGACUGCGGCUUCGACAUUACAACUAUCUCACCUCCUUCUCUCCUUCAUUCUCAUUCCUCUUUGCCUUCCGACUGUCUCAGCUCGAUCUCUCCCGUCAGUCGACACCUUACUCACUACUGAACUCCACAUCGAUUGAUUUACGCUGCCGCAAACAGCGCAGCCUCAAAGCCGAUCAUGGAGACCUUUGAAAACAUCUAUCUUGACCUUUCGAAACAGUCCGGACGGUGUAGAUUUGCCGAGAGUGGUCUCGGGUGGAAACCCAGCGGCGGCAGCGAACCAUUCACAUUGGACAGCAAUCAGGUUGGCGCAGCACAAUGGAGCAGGGCGUCCAAAGGAUACGAGAUCAAGAUCAUAACGAGAGACGCCCAAGUCAUUCAACUCGAUGGAUUUGAUCAGGAAGACUUCGACCGCGCCGCAAAAGCAUUCAAGAUCUGGUAUGGCAUCAAUCUAGAAACCAAGGAGCACGCUUUACGAGGGUGGAAUUGGGGCAAAGCCGAGUUUGGUAGAGCCGAGCUGGCAUUCAGUGUUCAAAACAGACCCGCCUUCGAGAUCCCUUACUCCGAAAUAUCUAAUACCAAUCUGGCUGGCAAGAACGAGAUUGCUGUCGAAUUCAACCUUGGCGAAGAGCCUACACAAAACGGUACGAACGGACACAAGGCGGGCAACACCAAGAAUCGUGGCCGUAAGGCUGCAGCUGCUCGAGAUGAGCUCGUCGAGAUGCGCUUCUACAUUCCCGGCACAGUCUCAAAGAAGGAAGUAAAUGGCGAGGAAGGCAGUGGCGCGGAAGAGGAAGAGGAAGAGGAACAAAAUGCCGCCAACUUGUUUUAUGAGACCUUGAUGGAUAAGGCAGAGAUUGGGGAAGUCGCCGGUGCCACCUUCGCCACGUUCCAAGACAUACUACACCUUACACCCAGAGGGCGAUUCGAUAUCGAUAUGUACGAGAACUCGUUCCGCCUACGAGGCAAAACGUACGACUACAAGAUCCAAUAUUCGUCUAUCAAGAAGUUCUUCAUUUUACCCAAGAAUGAUGAGAUGCACACCCUCAUCACCUUGGGGCUCGAUCCACCGCUACGACAGGGUCAGACACGGUAUCCAUUUAUCGUGAUGCAGCUCAAGCUCGACGACGAGGUCAAUUUGGACUUGAACAUGACCGAGGAAUUGCUCGAGACAAAGUACAAGGAGAAGCUCGAAGCACAUUAUGAAGCACCAAUCCAUCAUGUCAUCACCAAAGUCUUCAAGGGUCUAUCGGGCAAGAAGAUCAUUAUGCCAUCCAAGGACUUUGUCAGCCAUCACAACAUGAACGGAGUUAAGUGCUCCAUCAAAGCGAACGAAGGUCUACUUUUCUGCCUCGACAAGAGCUUUAUGUUUGUGCCGAAGCCCGCCACAUACGUCCCGAUCGAAUCGAUACAGAGUAUUACUAUGUCCCGCGUAGGAGGAGCUUUGGCAGCUAGCAGGACGUUCGACAUCACAAUGACGCUGAAGAACGGUCAAGGAGAGCACCAGUUUAGCAACAUCAACCGCGAGGAGCAACAGCCCUUGGAAGCAUUCUUCCAGGCCAAGGGCAUUCGCUUCAAGAACGAAAUGCUUGAUGACUCGUCGACGCUGCUCAAGGCCGCUAUGGUUGACCAGGAUCUCGCCUCGUCUGACGAAGAGGACGUUGUCAACCGCGGCUCAGCUGAUGAGGACGACGAAUCUCCUGAUGAAGACUUCCAGGCCGACUCUGAUAGCGAUGUUGCCGAAGAGUAUGACUCUGCUCAUGAGAGUAGUGGUAGCGAUGCUGGAAGUGAUGCUGAGAUGGCCGAUGCUGAUGGAGAUGGAGAUGCCGAUGUUGCCAGCGAGGAUGAAGAGCAGCAACGGCCCAAGAAGAAAGCAAAGAAAUAGAUGCGACACGACCUCGUUGACCUUUGGACUGUUAACUGCGGCGCGUCCACAAGCGGUUUAGUUUGGCAAUGCUAUUCAUGCCGAGCCUUCUGUAAAAUAAUACAAAUAGUGAGACGCAGACUCAACACUCC